AUGAAGUCUGUACGCUUGAUGCACGCUCUGUGCAGGAGUGUCCAGCACACAUUCCUGGCCAGACGCAGAGAUGUGGAACAGCGACGGCACUACGCCGAGAAAUGUGACUCGGUGAUCAAAGGCGUUGUGGUGGGCGUGUACGCCAAGGAGGGCGACCGCCAGCCCAAGAUGACACCAUCCGGCGAGAAGUUUGACGAUCGCGUCCAGGGUAAGAUCACUGAUCUAAUACGCGAGAUGGGCCUGAGUGGCCAGCUGGGAAAAGGCCGUGUCUUUAUGAACGUGGAUGCGGAGUUCCGUGCGGUGGCCGUGGUCAGCGUGGGACAGGAGGGGGCCGGCUUCAACGACCUGGAGAUGAUCGACGAGGGAAUGGAGAACGCUCGCGUCGCUGCCGGCGUGGGGGCUCGUGCCCUUCAACUGCAGAGCUGCACAGAUGUCUUCGUGGAGUCGAUGGAGUAUGCGGAGCAGGCGGCCGAGGGGAGCGCCUUGGCCGUCUGGCGCUACAACACCAACAAGCGCCGUCGGGACCGCACAAUCAUUUCCAAACUGGAGCUGUACGACUCUCCCGACUCGGAUGCCUGGAUGCAGGGCCUGUUCAAGGCCGAAUCGCAGAACCUGGCCCGUCGCCCGACGCCAACAAUCUUCGCCCAGUCAACGGUGGAUGCCCUGUGCCCCUGCGGGACUGGAUCGACUGCCCUUAGCUGCGAGCCGCCGAUCAUCUUGGAAAUCGCCUACUGCGGCACCGCACCCGAGGACAAGCCCAUCCUCCUGCUGGGCAAGGGCAUCACAUUCAACAGCGGGGGCCUCUGCCUCCGUCCCAAGGACUGCUUGUCCAUGUACCGCGGCUGCAUGUCCGGUGCAGCCGCCUGCGUGGGCGUCAUCCGAGCCGCCGCCGGCCUAUCGCUGCCCCUAAACAUAACGGCACUGCUGCCGCUGUGCGAGAACAUGCCCUCCGGAAUGGCGGCCAAGCCUGGCGACGUGGUGUCCCUCCUCAAUGGCAAAACUCUCGGCUUCGUGGACGUCAGCAAGGCUGGUGUGAUGGCCAUGGCCGAUCCCUUGCUCUACGCCCAGACGAUCUACAAGCCGCGCAUGGUCGUGGACAUUGCUACAGUGGGCUACGCCGUCUGCCCAGCGCUGGGCGGAGCAGCAGCCGGGAUUUUCAGCAAUUCGAACUUCGUCUACAAGCAGUUCGAGAAGGCCGGUGCCCUUACGGGGGAUCGCGUUUGGCGUCUGCCCCUGUGGCGCUACUUCAAGGAGCUGAUCAUGCCGAACGAGACCUUUGACAUCAGCAACCGCGGACGUGGCCCCGCCUCCAGCUGGGCCCACCUGGACAUCCGCAACGUGGGCAUGCUGACGCGCUACAACCCCAAGAGGUUACACGAACACAUUUUUAUUAUUGUUCAAUUUUAA